GUCAAACUUGAAAUGAUUGGGAGUAAAACAAACCCAAAAAAUUUUGUUGUUCAUCGCCACUAGCAGCGUCCUUCACCCUCCAUCUCAAGACAACUAAUUCCUUCAGCAGCAAAUGGUCAAUUUUGGGCCAGUUAAAAAUUAGACAGUUGUGCUUAGAAAACUAGAAAUGAGUUUGUUUUUAAGGCUUAGGCAUCAUGCACUACCCAAUGGAUUCUGUUCAAAGUCCAUAUGUUCUCCCAGUAUUGCACUCAGCUCCGUAAAGUUGACAAGUUUGACUAGAAUGUUUAGUCAACCUGCAAGACAAGAGCAAGAAGAAGAGGAGAUUGAGAUUGACCAAAGAAGGCUGCCAACAGAUUACGACCCUGCGACAUUUGACCCAACUGAGCACCGCAGCCCUCCUACAGACCGUGUUUGGAGACUUGUAGAUGAAAUGUCAUCACUCACAUUAGUUGAAGUUGCAGAACUUUCUUCAAUAAUGAUGAAAAAGAUGGGUAUGACAGAGCUACCAUCCGUGGCUGUGAUGAGAGCAGGAGCUGCUGGGCUGGCUGGUGGGGGAAAAGGUCAAACUGCAGCAAUGGAAGAGGUAAAGCCCGAAAAAUCUGUUUUUGAACUGAAACUGGACUCUUUUGAAGCAGCUUCAAAGAUCAAGAUUAUCAAGGAAGUUAGAAGUUGUACUGAUCUCGGGCUCAAGGAAGCAAAAGAUUUAGUUGAAAAGGCGCCUGUUGUUUUUAAGAAAGGAGUGACCAAAGAAGAAGCUGAACAAAUCAUGGAGAAAAUGAAAGCCGUUGGUGCCAAAGUCGUGAUGGAAUAAUACAUCGGCAUAAAAAUCACGGGCAAAAGGCGAUAACUUUGAGAUCUUAUUUUGCAUUUGAGGUACUCCUCAAGCAUUAAAUCACAUUUUCAUGUAGUGUCAAGUGAAAAUUGUGCUCAAUUUAGUUUUUUAGUGAUGGUUUUCAUUAGUUUUAGGCAUUUAGCAGCAUAUUUAUAUUUUAUGUAUUAUGUAUGCUCUUGAACCAUACUCAAGAGGAGAACUUUAGCCCUUUUGCUAAUGUUCUUUCACAUUCUUCAAAUAUAUGCUAAGAACAAGCUUUUUUUAAUAAGAUAAUGAUACUCUGUGAUGUGAAUUUCUGAUA